UGGUUUUUACAUGUUUGUGACCUUUCUAAAACCAUUCAAAACCACUCAUUUGAAACAAAAUUACCUGUAUCUGAUUGAGAAAUUGUGGUGUGCAUUAUGAAUACUCAAUGUGGGUGACAAACGGAACAAAAAAAAAGUCUGUGGAAACAAACACAAGAGAGGAAGUGCUAUCGCAACAUGCAAGUGUAAGGACAACACUGAAAGAGAAAAAAUGGCAGGAGUAAACAUGAGCUGAAGAAACUAAACGUCACAUGAUUGAACAAGUCAGAACUUUGUUCUCCUGUUCUUAACAGAAUUCAAAUUAGUCUGUGAUAAUGAUGAUGAGAGUUCAUGUGUGUGCUGUAUGUGUGUGUAAUUCAGUAAACCUGAAAAAAUGUGGGCCUGUGUGUAGUGUCGUCAGAGUGCUCUUUCCUGGAGGGCGUUCAAUCACUUGACAGAUACCGGCUAUACAGUACAUAGAUUUCUCAGUUUGUCAGCAAGGUACAGGGAAGGAGAGGAAGAGAAAUACAGUCAGUGUCCAUAGACAAACAAAUCCUGCUUCAAGGAGACUACAGGACAGUCUGUCACAUAGCCUUAUGCAUGGCGGGCAGCAGCUUUGAGGCCGAGUUCCUACAGAGUCACAAUGCGUACCGCAGACAGCAUGGAGCCCCGCCCCUCACCAUAAACAAAAACCUGUGCCGCUCUGCACAGGCAUGGGCGGAGCAUCUGCUGUCAAUCAGGAGCCUCGAACACAGCAACAAGGACUACGGAGAAAAUCUGUAUUAUGCUUACAGUUCAGCUACCAAAAAACUCACAGGACGCGAGGCAGUGGAAAGCUGGUACAGUGAAAUUAAAGAUUACAAUUUCAGCAGGCCUGGGUUUUCCUCCAAAACAGGUCACUUCACACAGGUGGUGUGGAAAGACACUGAUGAGGUGGGGGUUGGACUGGCCACUGAUGGGAAAACAACUUUUGUUGUGGGUCAGUACCUCCCAGCUGGAAACGUCAAUACUGCAGGUUAUUUUGAAAAAAAUGUCCUACCGGCGGGCACCAAAGUAGACUCAAAGUCCACUGGUACAACUGACAAAGUGGAACAAGUGCAUGGUGCAUCAGGCAUUCAUUCGAAGCAAGCACCUUCAGUGCCUCGUGGUACUGAAAUAUCAGCACCUCGGGGCCAAGGAGGACAUCAUGUGGGAAGCAGCUUAAAGGCAGAUAGCAGCUUUGAGGCUGAAUUCCUGCAGACUCACAAUGCGUAUCGCAGACAGCAUGGAGCCCCUCCCCUCACCAUAAACAAAAACCUGUGCCGCUCCUCACAGGAGUGGGCCGAACACCUGCUGUCAAUCAGGAAACUCGUGCAUAGUAGUGGGGAGUAUGGAGAGAAUGUGUAUUACUCUUGGAGCUCAGCUGGCAAAAAACUCACAGGACGUGAGGCAGUGGAAAGCUGGUACAGUGAAAUUAGAGACUACAACUUCAGCAGGCCUGGCUUCACCUCCAAAACAGGUCACUUCACACAGGUGGUGUGGAAAGACACUAAAGAGGUGGGGGUUGGACUGGCCACUGAUGGGAAAACAACUUUUGUUGUGGGUCAGUACCUCCCAGGAGGAAAUAUCAGCAAUGCUGGAUAUUUUGAAAGAAAUGUUCUGCCAGCAGGCUCCAAAGCAGACUUCAAAUCCACCCCAUCUGCUGACAGUGUUGGACAAGCACUUUCUGCUCUCAGCAUCAUGUCAAACCAAUUGCCCUCAUCAUCUCACAGUUCUGGACCAGCAACACGUAAGAGUCAGUGUCCACAGAGCAGCAGUUUAGAAGGUGAGAACUUGUCCCAGUUUCGUCAGUCUCUUCUUGAAGCACAAAAUAAUUACAGACGGCAACAUGGAGCACGGCCUCUGUCACUGUGCCCCAUCCUCAGUAAAGAGGCUCAGGAUUGGGCAGCACACCUGAUUAGCAUUAACACCCUAAAUAGCAGCAGCAAAGGUUAUGGAGAGACUAUGUCAUACAAAUGGACAUCCACCAUGGUGCCUCCCACAGGAAAAGAGGUUGCUGAAUCAUGGUACAAGGAAAAUAAGAAGUACAACUUUGCAGCACCUGGCUUUCAGAAGGGAACUGGUAACUUCACCCAGAUGAUCUGGGGGUCUACAGAGCAGGUCGGGGUUGGCCUGGCAUCAGAUGGAAAGGGCAAAUUCAUCACUGUGGCCUUUUACAAACCUACUGGCAACAUCACUAACCCUGGCUACUUCCAGGAUAACGUCAAACCUGCUGGGAGGUGAACUGUUGAACAAGAAAAAUUAUUCAGUCAGUUAUACAGUCUCAUGCGUUUUAUCAAUCUAUAUAUAAAUAUUUUUAAUGAUCAAAGAUAUUAAUUGUAUGUUAACAGAAAGUCAAUCAUCUGAAUAUAUGUGACCCUGACCACAAAACCAGUCUUAAGUGUACAUUUUUUCGAAAUUGAGAUUUAUCUGAAAGCUGAAUAAAUAAGCUUUCUGUUGAUGUAUGGUUUGUAGGAUCGGAUAAUGUUUUG